AAUACCAUGAUUAGAGUAAGGGUAGUCAACAAAGAGUUGUGGUUAAAUUAGGAGUCAAUAUCAACUACUACUAUAUAUCUUGUCGUACAAAUAUUUCUCAAUUAGACUUUUGCAGAGUUUUGCAAAUUAACUUGUAACUGAACAAAGAAGGGAUUAUCUAAGGUCAGAAAAAUGUUGGUCACCAGCCUUUGGAUAUGUGAUGACUCCUCACUUUCUUGAAACUAAGUUCAAACUGGCAUCUCAAAUCUUCAAGUGGUCUUAAUGGCCUAAAAUUUUCUCAAAAGCUUGAUGCAUGUCUUGUCUCCGACUCCUGUGAAACUAUCCAUAUGAUAUGAGCAGACAGAAGUAGGGAAUUUGAAGCGGGAAGAAGGUUACCAUUUGUUCUGCGAGAAUGCGUUGUUCUUACUUGGAACUUGAAAACAGAAACUUCCAUGAAAUGUAUACGUUUGCGCUAACGAUUUAAAUGACGUUUUCACUUAUGCAAAAUGCCAGUCAAUCUGGGUUCAAACUUCAAUAUAAUAUUGUCAAAAAUUUCAGAAAGUCCUGCCUCAUACACCAGUCCAGGUACGGCGAAUUUGCCUCGCAAUUUUCUUAUAUAAUGGCCGAUUCGUGCUUGCUACCUUAGAGCCUUCACAAAGCAGGAAAUACUGUCUUGUCUCUACUCUAGAGUCUAGCCUCGUUAUACAUCUCUUCUCCAUGGAAAGCAGCAAUGUUCUCCAUGUUGUGAUGUUCCCAUGGCUAGCCAUGGGUCAUCUGAUACCCUUUUUUAGGCUAUCUAAACUGUUAGCUGGAAAAGGGCAUAAAAUUUCGUUCAUUUCCACUCCAAGAAACCUCCAAAGACUCCCUAAAAUCCCCCAAGAAUUAGCUUCUCAGAUUGAGCUUGUUAGCAUUCCCCUGCCAGAAGUUGACAACUUACCAAAGCAGGGAGAGACUUCAACUGACAUACCCCAUGAAAAAGAUCAGUUCUUGAAGAUAGCCUUUGACUUGCUUCGAUCACCAAUAGCCUCCUUUCUUGAAAACACAAGGCCAAAACCAGAUUGGAUUAUACAUGACUAUGCUUCCCACUGGCUACCCGAAAUUGCUGCUCAAAAUGGUGUCUCAGCUGCCUUCUUUAGUCUCUUCACUGCAGCAGCUUUGUCCUUUUUGGGACGUCCCUCUGCCUUGUUGAGUGGAGAGGAUGGUAGAUCAACGGCUGAGGACUUCACAGUUGUGCCCAAAUGGAUACCCUUUCCAUCUAACUGUGCUUAUCGCUUGCACGAGGUGCGGAAGAACAUCGAGGAUGCAUCUGGCAAUGAAUCUGGAGCUUCAGAUUUUGUCAGGUUUGCUGCUUCUAUUGAUAGAAGCGACCUGGUCAUAUUUAGGACAAGCGUUGAAUUUGAACCAGAAUGGUUCAAUCUUGUUCGUGAACUUUACCAGAAACCAGUUGUUUCCUUGGGUGUUUUACCUCCAUCCCUUGACGAUGAUGACGAAUUGGAAACUGAUGAAAAGUGGCAAAAGAUUCAAAACUGGUUAGAUAAACAAACUGCAAGCAAAGUUGUUUAUGUGGCACUUGGGACUGAAGCAACAAUAAGCCAAAAAGAAGUCCAAGACUUGGCUAUUGGUUUAGAGCAAUCUGAAUUGCCAUUCUUUUGGGUACUACGAAAGCCACCCGGAUCAAAAAAAGAUGUUACAGAUAUGCUUCCUGAAGGGUUCAGAGAGAGGAUCAAUGCCAAUGGCCAAGGAGUGGUUUACACUGAAUGGGUUCCUCAGGUGAAGAUAUUAAGUCAUCCAGCAAUUGGAGGGUACCUAACUCACUGCGGCUGGAAUUCAGUGAUAGAGGCACUUGGUUUCGGCCGAGUUCUGAUACUAUUUCCAGUGAUGAAUGAUCAAGGGCUGAAUGCUAGGCUAUUGGAAGGCAAGAAAGUUGGAGUGGAGAUACCAAGAGCUGCAGAAGAUGGCUUGUUCACAAGCACUGCUGUAGCCGAGACAUUGAGAUAUGCAGUAGUGAGUGAGGAGGGAGAGCCAAUGAGGGCUAAUGCCAGGCAAAUGACCAGUUUGUUUGGCAAUGGGAAGAGGAAUCAAGAUUAUAUAGACACAUUUGUUCGAUGUUUAGAAGAGAGAAAAAUAUCUAAUUUCCUGGCCUCAACAUCUACUUCCUGAAGUAUGAGAAUUGUGCUGGAUGAUCCUCGAGUGUUCUGUUGUAGCAUUUAAUGCCUGUUCAGUCAUAGUACACAGGACGGAGAUCGAUUAAGAGUCACUGCCACAGUCAAAUCUAUAUAUGAUCACAAAUUUAACUCUUUUACGUUUAA